CGCGCAGGAGCUCCCGCCAAUUCUGAGUUGAGCGCGAGGGAGCUGAAGGCUGUGAGGAGGCGGCGGGUGGGGAGACAGAAAGUCAGUCCGAGAAAUUAACUUAUUAUUAUUUAAGAAAGAAAAUACGUCGUAACGACGGCACUCGAUAAUUUAGUUCUCCGUUUACAGCUGUAGAGACAAAUGAAGGUUUCGGACGCUCGCUGGAUGUGAGAAGUUCCACUGUUCUGUUUUUCCACAGAAACUUUUUUUCCCCCCUUCCUCCUCGGUAACAUACCGGAUGGUGGUGGUGAUGCUCGCGGCUGAAGAGCCUUCUGCGGCCGGGCCUUUAGCCUGCACGCCCCGGAGAGGUAUGGAUUGCGUGGACAAAGCCAACACUGCCAACAAGAAACUGGUUCAAGCACGUCUUCCCUUCAAACGACUUAACCCUGUACCCAAGGAAACCGGGCAGCCCAAAAGAACCAGAACAGCGUCUUCUGCUCCUCCUACCCAUGAACCCAGUGCUUCUGAUGGGGAGAAUGACGAUGUUGCCUCUGCACCCCUGCAAACAAAACCCACUCUGGUAAAUGGCCGCGGACCUCUUGAUGGUUAUAUGAGGAGGACCAAGGAUUCUCCAGUUAGUUCCGCUUCUGUUAUCGACCUUACAGAGGACUCAAACUCCACUGAUGUCAAGACACAGCCUUCCACUCCUAUGGAUGCGUUGUGUCCAUCUACAGGCAAUGCUGCAAAAAAUACCCAAAACGUCACAGAGACAAAAGAGCCAGAAGCUGCCCCUGCUGUUCCUGUGUCAUCAGAAGAAACUAUGGAAAUUGAUGAAGCUGAGGACUGUGUUGCUGCCCCCCAGUUGGACAGCACUAUGGAGUCUGAAACGGAGACUGAGCAGAAUCAGAACCAAGAACAAGAAACUGAAGAGGGUCAGGAAAAUGAAUCUUUGCUGUCCACCAGCUCUGUCUCACUGGUCGAGAGUUCACCAGAACCUAGCAAGAGCGCACCAGCCACUCCGACAACAGUGCCAAGGACGAACACUGAGCAGAAACAAUUAAAAAGGCGCUCUCUUAAGAGUGGUCAAGAACUGGAAGAGAAGCAGCGACAGCGAGAGGAGAAAGAGCGGCAGAAACGGGAGGCCAGAGCUGCGAAAGAGAAGCAAAGAGAGGAAGCACGGCGACUGAAAGAGGAGAUGAAGAAAGAAAAGCAGGAGAAGAAAGAAAAGGAGGAAAGGGAACGGCGAGAAAAAAGGGAAAAGCACGACAAAGAGAAGGCAGAGAGACAGCAGGCAAAAGAAGAGCAGCGUAAAGUCAAGAUUGAGGCUAAACUUGAAGAGAAGAGAAAGAAAGAAGAGGAAAAACGGUUGAAAGAGGAGAAAGAGAGAAUCAAAGCAGAAAAGGCUGAGAUCACUCGAUUCCUACAAAAACCCAAGCCUCAGUUAGCACCAAAGACUCUGGCAUCUGUCUGUGGAAAGUUUGCACCAUUUGAAAUCAAAGAACAUAUGGCUUUGGCACCACUUACCCGAGUGCAGUGUGAGGAAGCAAUUUUAGAGGAGCUUGAUCGAUACCUCACAGAACCAGAUGGCACUCUUGACUGCUUAAAGGACUGGAUAACCCGUAAACCCCGCAAGUCAGGACCAACCAAACCCAAACACACAGAAAUGCAGAGCCUCGAAUCGGAAACACCCCCUGCGGUUAUCGUUAGGGGAAAAUCUGACCCAAAAUCAGCCUGGUUAUCCUCGAGUGUGAGGGACUGUGUAGUGGUGGAUGAUGGCCCAAAAACAGGUGUUCCUGACCACGAACUUUAUGGGCGCAUGAAACUUCUUCAGUUUCAUGAAAAUUAUCGUCCUGCCUACUGGGGCACUUGGAGCAAAAAAAGUAGGCACAUAUCACCUCGCUGCCCUUUCAAGCUGGACAAGGAUUUGCUUGACUAUGAAGUGGACAGUGAUGAGGAGUGGGAAGAGGAGGAGCCAGGAGAGUCCCUGUCACACAGCGAAGGGGAUGAUGACGACGAAGGUGGUGAUGAUGAUGAUGAAGACGAUGGCUUCUUUGUACCUCAUGGUUAUCUUUCAGAUGGAGAAGGCGCACUUGAAGAUGAGGAAGGUGGUGACCCUGAAAAGCAGAAGGUGCGUCAGAAGCUGAAGGCUCGGGAGUGGGAUGAGCUGAUGGCUAAGAGGAAGCUGAAAGUGCUGGAGGCAGUGGUGAAGGGCUGCAUGUGGGAGGGAGAGGAUCCUCCAUUAGACAUGCUGCAACCCUAUGCGGUUUGCCUGAUGGAGCCUCUGAACAGUGAGGAGCCCAACACACCUGAAGAAAAUGCCUCCCGCCAACAGAGGAAUGACCAGUGGCUUUCUCAGCUGUUGCCCUUGCUGCAUGGCAAUGUGAACAGUAGUAAGGUGAUCAUCACAGAGUUCCAGGAGUUCUGUCGCCAGCAAAUGUUCUCACCAGCAGGCAGCCCACAGAGCUCUGCAGACCACAUUCCCCCCAGGAUUCAAGUGAAGCGUCUCAUGAAGGAAAAUGCAGUAUACGAAAAGCGAUCGACUUGCAGACGUUGCUGUUGGUACGUUCACCCAGAUGUCCUGGCACGUUUUGGCCAGGAGGCCUUACCAGUGCCCUGUCAAUGGACCUACCUCACUUCUGGAGCGCACACAGCCCGAGACGAAUCCACUCUGGGGUCACAAGGUGGCUCCCCCGCUGCUGCACAUUCCGCUUCCACCACUCCCUCCACAAAGAGGAAAAGUGGCAGUAACCAGUCCAUCACAAAGUACAUGAAGAGAUGUGGAGAACCUGAACGGGCUGAAGCAAUGGAAACUGAUGGCUUUCAGGCAGACACUGAGGAUGAAGAUGAUGAUGACUGUAUUAUUUUGUGUGAGCAAUCCGGGUCUUCUGAACAGAAUGGCCAAAUCCCCAGAACAGAAACCAAGAACACUGAGGCGAUGGACACACUCCUGUCUCUUCCCUGCCCUACACCAGCUACUGCCUGAGGCACCACUUCUCUUCAGUGUCCGUCUUAACUGGGUGUAUGAGGGGCUUAAAAAAAAAAACCCUAGUCUACAGUUGCAGGUCAUGCACAGUAUUAAAGGCCCAACAAACGAGCAGUCAUGCUUUUUGUCAAAUGUUGUCUGAUGGUUCACUGUAACAGUCUACUACCGGACGGACUUCAGCUCUAACAAGGCUCUUUUCAACAAAAGGCAGCUAUCUGUGGUUUAUUAAAUGGUGGUCAUGUUUUAACCGUCAAGGCUGUCAUCGCCCACAGUGGCCUAACACCUGAGCACACAAUUCUGGACUUUCAGCUCUAUGUAAAAGCCCCAUUUAAAAAAAAAAAAAAAAAGCUUUCUCUAUCUCCCAUACAUAUAUAUAUUAGUCGUCCCCCCCGGAAUACUUGAACUGGUUUAUCUCAUUAAAAAUGUGUUGUAGAAAAAUGUAUCGCACUUUUUUAUGUCUUUACUAUUCAUAUCCACAUCUUGGCUCCUGCCUGCCGGCAUUUCUGUGGAUUUUUUUUUUUUUAGGGUUUUUGGUUUUGUGUAAAAAUGGGGGGGAAAAAACUUAUACAAUACAUGCUGUUUGUCCUCUAAGCUGCUAUACACAGUGUAAAUGAUAUUUAAAACCUCCAACAAUGUGUAACAUUUUAAAUGAUGGUUUAGAGGUCCCAAAAAUUGGGGGUGGGGGGGAAGGUUAAUCACCAAGUUUUGAUUCUGAAUCUCCAAAAUAUCUAAAUCUAUUUUCUGUUGUGAUGGGUGUCUUACAGUAAUUGUUUAAAUAAAGCAUUAUUUAAAGA